AGAAAUGUUUUGGUGCCUGCUUUUCAUGGUCUUGUGUGAAUUUGCAGUGGCCGAUGUUUUCGCUCAACUGGAUCAACACUGGGAGCUUUGGAAGAAAAUGCACAAUAAAGUGUAUUCUCAUGAGAUUGAGGAAAUGGGACACAGACACAUAUGGGAAGGGAACUUGGAACUGAUCAGUAUUCAUAACCUGGAAGCCUCCCUGGGUCUGCACUCCUAUGAACUGGCCAUGAAUCAUCUUGGAGACCUUACUACUGAAGAAAUUGAUCAAACACUUGCAGGCACAAUUGUGCCAGAGAACCUGGAAAGGACUCCUGUCAUGUUAAAGGUUGACUCUUCUGUACCACAGUCUUUAGACUGGAGGACUAAGGGUCUGGUAACUAAUGUGAAAAAACAGGGUCAAUGUGGAGCUUGCUGGGCCUUCAGUGCAGUCGGAUCUCUGGAAGGACAACUUAAGAAGACGACAGGCGUGUUACUGUCCCUGAGUACUCAGAAUCUAGUGGACUGUUCAAGAAAAUAUGGAAGUCAUGGGUGUAAAGGUGGCUUCAUGACACAUGCCUUCCGGUAUAUCAAAGACCAUGGACUUGAAACUGAAGUGGCUUACCCAUAUACAGGCCAGCUUGGUGAGUGCAAGUACAACCCAGAACAUCGUGUUGCAAACUGCUCUGGCUACAUCUGCUUACCUGAAGGGGAUGAAGCUUCACUGAAGUUGGCAUUGGCUACAGUUGGCCCUAUCGCUGUUGCAGUUGAUUCAUCUAGGCACAAAUUUCGCUUCUACCAUCAUGGUGUGUACAGGGACCCCACAUGCUCACACAAAGUUGACCAUGGAGUUCUAGCUGUGGGUUAUGGCACUGAGAAAGGGGAAGACUACUGGCUCAUUAAAAACAGUUGGGGAAGACAUUUUGGAGAUGAAGGCUACAUCAAGAUGGCUCGGAAUGCAAAUGACCAAUGUGGAGUUUCCCGCUUCGGCUGUUUCCCAAUCGUGUGAGCCUACAGUGGCCCAGUUGUGAAUAUACAAUUAAUAAAAUAACUCAUUUUAA